AGCGCGCGCCUUGAGCAGCAGUGGUAGUGCAGGGAGCGCGGAACGGAACGGACUGUCAGUCAGCAGUCUGUCAGUCAGUCUCGGUGCGAAUUUGAUGGUGUGGAUGAUACUGAAUUGGACGGACUGUUUCACCUGGAUAUUCAGCAGCAUGGCCGGGAUGGGGAUAUGAUGGAAUGGAUGUGAAGAUGGGCCAGUGGGCAUGCAUGCAAGCCCUUCUCCUAGGGCUGGUCCUGCUGCUGCCGUUGCUGUUCUUGAAGCCACCACCCUGCUACGGCCAGAAUACCCAGGGAGCUCCUCAGGAUGGAUUCCACUUUGGCUUCACUCAGUCUGUCUACCAUGCCACAGUUUAUGAAAACUCAGCAGCACGCACGUAUGCCAACAGUAAAAUUAAAAUGGGAAUUCACCUGGCCCAGCGCUUCUGGGAAAUUCGCUACAGAAUCACCUCUGGUGAUGAUGAAGGGUUUUUCAAGGCAGAAGAGUUUGUGCUGGGUGACUUCUGCUUCUUGCGCAUCAGGACUAAGGGUGGUAAUGCAGCCAUCUUGAAUCGAGAGAUUCAGGAUAAUUAUGUAUUGACAGUGAAAGCCUCUGUCAAGGGAGAGGCCCUCCUUGAGACCUGGACCAAAGUCAGCAUUCAGGUCUUGGAUAUGAAUGACCUCCGGCCCUUGUUCUCACCCACCACAUACUCCGUCACCAUAGCGGAGAGCACCCCUCUCAGGACUAGCAUAGCACAAGUUACAGCCACUGAUGCAGAUAUUGGCUCUAAUGGAGAGUUUUACUAUUUUUUCAAGGAGAAAAUGGAACUCUUUGCUGUACAUCCAACCAGUGGAGUUGUUUCACUCAGUGGAAAGCUUAAUGUUGAUGAGCAGAACCGGUAUGACUUAGAAAUACUGGCAGUGGACCGUGGUAUGAAGCUCUAUGGAAAUAAUGGGGUCAGCAGCACAGCAAAGCUUUUUGUCCAUGUAGAGUGUGUGAAUGACCAUGCCCCAGUAAUGAAUGUAGUCACCCACACCCCCUCAUAUCUGGAUAAAAACACUGUGUAUGGCAUGGUCACUGUCGAGGAUCAAGAUGAAGGCUUAAAUGGAGAAAUAGAUUCAGUGUUCAUUGUGGGUGGAGACCCCUCAGAGAAGUUUUUUGUAGAGAGAUCUGUAGAAGGCACAUUUGCCAUUAAAGCUUUUGAGUCAGUAAAUUGGGAGAUUUACCCUUUUGGCUGUAACCUCACUUUGCAGGCUAAAGACAGGGGAACCCCACCAAAAUUCUCUGCUGUCAAGGUUGUUCACAUAAUGGUCGAGAAAAGGCAAACAACAGAAACUAAGUUUGAGCAGGAGUUUUAUGAUAUUAGUCUCAAUGAAAUUUCUCCACCAGGUACAAUUUUAGAGGUCGUUAAAAUCAGACCAGAACCAGAUGAUGCAGAAUAUAUUCUGAUAACCUCUGCAGAUUCAGCUUUUUUUCAGAUGAACACCAUAACAGGUGUAAUCUCCACCACUCGCUGGUUCACUCAGGUGUUCCAGGAUGUCUUUAAUCUUGAGGUAUUAGAACUAGAUAGUGAUCUCAAAGUUAAAGUGCGAAUAACUAUUGAGGAUGCCAAUGAUAAUACACCAACAUUUGCUCAGUCUUCUUAUGAGGUGUUUGUCAAUGAAAGUGUAUCAGUUGGAACCAAUGUAUUAACUGUGUCUGCAGUAGAUCAAGAUAAAGGUGAAAAUGGAUACAUAACUUACAGCAUUUCCAGCCUGCAGCCAUUACCCUUCAGAAUCAAUCAGUUUUCUGGUGUUAUCAGCACCACUAAAGAGUUAGAUUUUGAAUCCUCACCCGAGAGUUUUGUGUUUGUUGUAAGAGCAUCUGACUGGGGUUCACCAUACAGGCGAGAGAAUGAAGUCAAUGUAACAAUCCACCUGGAAAAUGUAAAUGAUAACCAGCCAUUGUUUGAAAAAGUAGCAUGCCAGGGAGUGAUUUCUGGGGAAUUCCCAGUAGAUGAGGUGAUUACCACAAUGUCUGCGAUUGAUAUAGAUGAGUUAGAGUUAGUGAAGUAUAAGAUCAUUUCAGGGAAUGAACAAGGAUAUUUUGAUCUCAACCCAGAUUCAGGGAUCCUUGCACUGCAACAUUCACUUGCCACAGCCAAUCCAAAGAACAAUGUUUUUAGCUUAAAAAUAACUGCCACUGAUGGUGAGAACUUUUCGGAUCCUAUGUUUGUUAAUAUCUCAGUUGUUCAUGGGAAAUUCCCUCCCAAGCGACUGACCUGUGAAGAAACAAAGGUGGCCCAAAAAUUAGCUGAAAAGUUACUUAAAAAGUCCAAAGCUAGCACCAAACCUAAAAUUGAGGAAGGUUUUAUUGACCUUUUCUCUGUCAAUCGACAAACCCCCCAGUUUGACAAAACCUUUCCCACGGAUAUUGUUGUGCUUGAAGACCUUAAGGUUGGCUCAACUGUUUUCAAGGUUAAUGCCUACGAUGGGGAUACAGGAUUCAAUGGUCAGAUUCUAUACUCUAUUUCAGAUGGAAACACUGACAGCUGUUUCACCAUUGACAUGCACACUGGCCUUAUCAGUGUUUUCCUGCCGAUGGACAGAGAAAAGAGAGAUCAUUAUCUCCUCAACCUAACUAUCUAUGACCUUGGCCUUCCACAGAAAACUGCCUGGCGUUUGCUUACAGUCUACAUAGAGGAUGCAAAUGAUAAUGCACCUCAGUUUUUGCAAGAAGGAGGCUAUAGAAUUGUCAUACCUGAAAACACUGCCAUAGGUACAGAUAUCAUCCAGGUUGAGGCCACUGACAAAGAUCUUGGACCCAAUGGGAAGAUUGUGUACUCUCUUUUGACAAGCACCACCCAGUUCGGUAUCAACUCCACUAAUGGGAUCGUGUAUGUUGCCGGCCAACUGGACAGGGAGUUUGUUUCUACUUUUUGCCUGAAGAUUGAAGCUCGGGACAAAGGAGAAAAAGGGACCCAGAAGUUUUCUGUUACCACUUUGAAAAUCAUAUUGGAGGAUGUAAAUGACUGUGCCCCUCUAUUUAUCCCCAGUGUAUACAGAGCAAGGGCUUUAGAGGAUCUUCCAGUAGGAACAGUUGUGGCCUGGUUAGAAACCCAGGACCCAGAUAUGGGCUUUGGAGGCCAGGUCCGGUACUCUCUAGCCAAUGAUUACAAUGGGUGGUUUGAGGUUGACAGGGCCAGUGGAGCCAUUCGGCUCACAAAGGAGCUGGACUAUGAGACCCAACAGUUCUACAACCUCACUGUGAAGGCGAAAGACAAGGGAAGACCUGUUUCUCUUCUCUCUGUCACCUUUGUGGAGGUGGAGGUUGUAGAUGUGAAUGAAAAUCUCUAUGCUCCAUACUUUUCCCACUUUGCGUUGACAGGAGUAGUUAAAGAGAAUGCCCGGAUUGGAACUACCGUACUUCAAGUUACUGCUAAUGAUGACGAUGCUGGAAGAGAUGGAGAAAUUCAGUAUUCCAUUCAUGAUGGGAGUGGACUUGGACGAUUUGCCAUUGAUGAAGAGACCGGAUUGAUCUACACCACUGAUAUGCUGGACCGGGAGACCAAGGACUCCUAUUGGCUCACAGUGUAUGCCAGCGACCAUGGUGUGGUUCCUCAGUUCACCACUAUUGAGGUGUUCAUCCAGGUGGAGGAUGUUAAUGACAACGCCCCCCUGACCUCUGAGCCGUUGUACCGGCCCUCAGUGCCUGAGAAUUCUCCACGAGAUGUUUCUGUGAUCCAAAUCCGGGCCCAGGACCCUGAUGCUACACCCACAGGCACUGCUGAUAGACUGAACUACCGCAUUAUUAGUGGAAACCCACAGAACUUCUUCACUAUUAACAAUCACACUGGUCUGAUCACUACAACCUCCCGGAGACUGGACCGCGAACAACAAACAGAACAUGUCUUAGAGGUGCUGGUAUCAGAUGGUGGUCCUAAUCCCAGGCAGAGUAUAGUGUGGGUGAUGAUUCAGGUCCUGGAUGAAAACGACAACAAGCCAACAUUUCCUGAGAAGGUCUAUCAGGUCAAAAUUCCAGAGAGAGAGCGCAGAAAAAAGGGCGAGCCUAUCUAUCGGGUAUUUGCAUACGACCGUGAUGAUGGACCCAACAGUGACCUUUCUUACGGCAUCGUGGAUGGCAACGAGGAUGGAAAGUUUUUCAUUGACCCCAAGACAGCAGUGGUAUCAUCACGCAAGGCCUUCACCGCAGGGAGCUACGACAUCCUGACCAUCAAAGCAACAGAUAAUGGGCGUCCUCAGAAGUCCUCCACAGCUCGCCUGCACAUCGAGUGGAUCCGCCGACCACCUCCAUCGACUUUCCCCCUGAUCUUCGAAGAGCCAUUCUACAAUUUUACUGUCAUGGAGAACGACAAAGUGGCUGAGAUUGUAGGUGUGGUGUCCUUGCAGCAGAGUUCCGCCCUCUUGUGGUUUGACAUCACAGGUCCUAGGUCUUUCCGUGAGACGUUCUAUAUUCUGCAGAGCGCUUGUGGCAGGAACUGUUCCUCAGAAGGUGGGAACAGCGACAGUGUGUUUGAUGUAGAGAAAGCUGUGGGCACCAUUAUCAUUGCCAAGCCUCUGGAUGCUGAACAGCGCUCCUUCUACAACCUCACAGUGCAGGCCACAGAUGGCACCAACACUGCAAAUACACAGGUUCACAUUACUGUUAUGGACAACAACGAUAACGAUCCUAUCUUCUCCCAACCAACCUAUGACGUCACUAUUUCUGAAGAUACACCACCUGACACUGAGGUGGUCCAGGUUCUGGCAUCAGACCGUGAUGAGCAUCACCAGCUGACCUACUCUCUGCAGAGCUCCAUAGACCCCAACAGCAUGCGUCUGUUCCGCAUCCAUCCCACCCUGGGAGUCAUCUACACUGCUCAAAGGCUAGACCAUGAGGCCUGUGCUCAACAUAUUUUCACAGUCAUUGUGAAGGAUCAAGAGUUCCCAUACAGAAAAAAUCUGGCUCGUGUGUUAAUAGAAGUGGAAGAUAUAAAUGACCAUGUACCCAUUUUUACCAGUGCUUUGUAUGAAGGCUCAGUCUAUGAGUCAGCAGCAGUCGGAUCAGCUGUAGUCCAGGUUACUGCCCUGGACAAAGACAAAGGCGAGAAUGCAGAACUACACUACUCUAUUGAAGCAGGGAACACUGGAAAUGCUUUCCAUAUGGAGCCAGUUUUGGGUAUUAUUACUGUUGCACGUGACUUGGACUUGUCCAGCAUAGGCCACUAUGUUCUCACUGUCAGAGUCACUGACAGUGGCACCCCUCCUCUGUCCACUACCACAGUCGUGCGUAUUUCAGUCACUCUCUCUGAUAAUGCUGGUCCAAAAUUCCCUCAGCCUGAGUACCAGACAGAGAUCACAGAGAAUUUAAUGGUUGGGACCUCCGUAACCACAGUCAGUGCAGUCAGCCAGUCCACUCUCACUUUUGACAUCAAGCAGGGCAACACAGAUCGUGUUUUUCAGAUAAAUCAAUAUAGUGGUGUGAUUACUACUCUAAAGACUCUAGACUAUGAGACCACAGCAUCGUACACCCUCAUAGUCCAGGCUACUAACAUGGCUGGCAUGGCUUCAAAUGCUACACUGGUAAUCCAGAUUGUGGAUGAGAAUGACAACCCACCAGUGUUCCAGCAGCUUCACUACCAUGGCAGCAUCAGUGAGGUAGCACCAGUCAACAGUGUGGUCUUGAACUCAGAUGACUCGCCUCUUGUAAUCAAGGCCAGUGAUGCUGACCGCAACCAAAAUGCCCUGUUGGUCUACCAGAUUGUUGAGGACACUGCAAAAAUGUUCUUCACAGUGGACUCUGGAACUGGCUCCAUCAGAACAAUUGCCAAUUUAGACCAUGAGACAUUUGCCACCUUCCACUUCCAUGUUCAUGUGAGAGACAGCGGUAGGCCACAGCUGACAGCAGACAGUCCAACUGAGGUCACAAUACAAGUGAUUGACACCAAUGAUUCACCACCUCGCUUCACCCAGAAUGCCUAUGAAACUGUUUUGCUACUCCCCACCUAUGUUGGAGUAGAAGCUUUGCAGGUUUCAGCCACAGACCCUGAUAAAGAUGUCCCUACAGAACUCACAUACUCUCUGACUGAUGGAGUACUUGAGCACUUUGCCAUCAAACCUUCCAGUGGAAUUAUUCUCGUCAGAAACAACAACUUCUUUAAAGAGCGUUUCCGCUUCAGUGUCAAAGUUUCAGAUGGGAAGUUCUCUAGCACAGCUUUGGUGACUAUAAUUGUCAGAGAAGCUCUGGACUCUGGUCUCAGCUUCACCCAUAACAUUUACUCUUCAUCUAUUGAAGAGAAUGUAUCAAAUAUCACUAAAGUUGCUGUGGUCAGUGCUGUGGGAAACCGUCUCAAUGAACCAUUAAAGUAUGCCUUGUUGAAUGCUGGUACACGAUUCAGAAUUCGGUCGACAUCUGGUGUUAUCCAAACCACGGGUAUACCCUUUGACCGUGAAGAGCAAGAGUUGUAUGAACUGGUUGUCGAGGCAAGAAGGGAGCACGACCGUUUGCACGUGGCCAGAGUUAUGGUUAGAGUCCAAGUUGAGGAUAUAAAUGAUAAUGCCCCUGUGUUUGUUGGACUGCCUUAUUACGCAGCUGUUCAAGUAGAAGCUGAACCUGGAUCUCCCAUUUUCAGGGUCAUGGCAGUAGAUGGUGACAAAGGGAUUAAUGGAGAGGUGUCUUACUAUCUCAAGGAUGAUCAUGGGCACUUUGAAAUCAAUCGACAGACAGGUAUUCUUAGCCUCAAGAGGUCCUUUGAGUCUGAUUUGUCCAAUGUGGAGUACCAGAUUUCGAUAUAUGCCAAAGACAGUGGUUAUCCACCCCUCUCAUCUACUAUAGAGUUCCCCAUUACUGUUGUCAACAAAGCCAUGCCUGUCUAUGACAAGUCAUUUUAUUCUGUUUCUGUAAAUGAGGAUGUGACUGUGCACACACCUAUCCUUGGCAUCAACGCUACUAGUCCUGAAGGUCAAAACAUAAUCUACACUAUUGUCAAUGGAGAUCCAUUUCUUCAGUUUGAUAUUGGUUUUGAUACUGGAGUGAUAAGUGUUAUCCACUCUUUGGACUAUGAAACAGCAUCAUCUUACCACCUGACCAUCAGUGCCACAGACUGUCUGACUGGUGCCCAUGCUGAGGUUGAUGUAGAUGUCUUUGUCCAGGAUGUAAACGAUAACCCACCUAUCUUCCAGAAAAUGUCCUACAGGGUAGUUUUGUCUGAAACAGCCAUGAUCGGAACUCCAGCACUUCAAGUUAUUGCUACAGACAAAGACUCAGACAAGAACAAUGCUGUACGCUAUCAGAUCUUCUCUGAUGUCCGUAACAGCACAGACUACUUUCACAUAGAUAGUAGCAGUGGAUUAAUUUUGACAGCUCGUAUGUUAGAUCACGAGCUAGUCCAGAAGUAUGACUUCAUUGUCAGGGCCACUGAUAAUGGUUUCCCACCCCUUAGUAGUGAAGUAUCGGUGACUGUCAUGUUAAAUGACAUGAAUGACAAUCCUCCUGUUUUCAACCAGUUGCUCUAUGAGGCAUACGUGAAUGAGUUAGCACCAAGAGGCCACUUUAUAACUUGUAUCCAGGCCUCGGAUGCUGACAGCUCAGAUUUUGACAAAUUGGAGUACAGCAUUUUGUCGGGAAAUGAAAAGAUGAAUUUUCUACUGGAGAAAAAAACAGGGAUCAUCACAUUGUCCAACCACCGUAAGCAAAGAAUGGAGUCUGCCUACAGCCUCAAUGUUUCAGUGUCUGAUGGAGUGUUUACUAGCACUGCACAGGUUCAUGUUAAGGUGUUGGGAGCCAACCUGCAUAAUCCAGUGUUUGGACAGAAUAUGUAUGAAGCAGAGUUAAGAGAGAAUGCGGCUGUGGGAACCAAAGUUAUACAGGUAAAGGCAACCGAUGCAGACCCCGGAGUGUUUGGCCACAUCACUUAUUCAUUUGUCAAUGAUAUGGGAAAGGAUCAAUUUAGCAUUGAUGCAAGUGGUCACAUUUGCACUGUAGAAAAAUUUGAUCGUGAAGAUCCAGCCAGUAAAGACAUUGUUCUUACAGUUGCAGCCCGGGAUUCGGGUGGGCGUGUCUCUUACUGUACAGUACAUGUUACUUUGUUGGACGAUAAUGAUAAUGCACCUCACUUUCGUGCCACAGAGUACCGGGCAUCAGUCAAGUCCGAUGUAGCAAAAGGUUUUUUGGUGACACAAAUUCAGGCUCAUGAUCCUGAUGAUGGCUCUAACGCCAAAGUGACAUACUCACUUUACAGUGAGGCACAUGUCCCUGUGGUAGACAUUUUGGAGAUAGAUCCAGACAAUGGUUGGAUGGUAACUAAAGGCAGCUUCAGUCACUUAAGGAACUCUGUGUUAUCUUUUUUUGUGAAGGCUGUGGAUGGUGGAAAUCCAGUCCGACAUUCUCUAGUGUCUGUUUACAUUCAUGUUCUUUCUCCAGAUGCCUUCAUUCCUUCCUUCAGUCAACAUCAUUACUUAUUUAGUGUCCCAGAGAACACCCCUGUAGGGUCAGCCGUAGGGAGGGUGUACCUCAACAGUCCUCUUGGAUAUACCUCAGUCUCUGUUACCUUUGCCCUGGUUAAUGGAGAAAAUGGUGAAAACAACCAAGAUGGGGUAUUUGUGGUGGAAAAGGAUACAGGUGUAAUCAAACUUGAUAAGUCCUUGGAUCAUGAAGCUAUCAAAGAAUACCACUUCAAGGUCACUGCCACAGCAGAACAGGCUAAGUUGGAUUCUGUGUCCUCUGUCGAUACCGAAAUCAAAGUAUUGGAUCUAAAUGACAACAAACCAGCCUUUCAGACCAACUCCUAUGAUACCACCAUUAUGGAGGGAAUAUCAGCUGGAACCAGAAUUAUUCAAGUCCAAGCACUAGACCCAGACUCAGGGGCCAACGGCCAGGUCAUAUACAAACUCGGUACAUUAAUCCACUCAGAAGGGGAUUCAGACAUGUUACUUGACACCUUUAGCAUUGAUAGCAACACAGGCUGGAUCUCCACACGCAAGGACCUGGACCAUGAGACAAAUCCAUCCUAUACAUUCACAGUGGUGGCGUCAGAUCUUGGGGAGACCCUGCCUCUUUCCAGUACUUCCACUGUGACAGUGGCAGUGUCAGACAUUAAUGAUAAUCCACCCAGGUUCAUGGAGAACUACUACUUUGGUUCAAUUCUGGAGAGUGACCCCCCAGGCGAGGUGGUGGCUCUGUUGAUGACGAGAGAUGACGAUAGCUCUGCCGUUAACCGACAAGUCAGUUACCACAUCACUGGUGGGAACUAUCGUGGUGUGUUCGCGCUCGGUCUGGUUCAGGGUGAAUGGAAGAUGUAUGUGAAAGGGCAGCUGGACAGGGAGGAACGCAACCUCUACAUCAUCAACAUUACUGCUAGCGAUGGACUCUUUGUUUCUCAGGCAAUGGUGGAGGUGACAGUGAUGGACACCAAUGACAACAGUCCUAUCUGUGACCAGGCUGUGUACACUGCCUACAUCCCAGAGGACCUCCCAGUCAACAGUGUGCUGCUGAGGGUUGCAGCUACAGAUGCAGAUAUGGGCAUCAGUGCCUGGAUCCAGUACUCUCUACAUGGUCCUGGAUCCCAGGAUUUCAGCAUGGACCCAGACACUGGUGAGAUCAAGUCAUCUGUCAUUCUGGACCGUGAGGUGACACACAAUUACAGACUGGUUGCCCAGGCAACUGAUGGUGGUGGGCUGUGGUGCCGUGCUGAGGUACAGCUGACAGUGACUGAUGUGAAUGACAACCCGCCCAUUUUCACCCUGUCACAGUACACCACCAGCGUCUACGAAGACACACUCACUAAAGCCCUGCUUACCCGCAUCCAGGCUGUAGACCCCGAUGAAGCAGGUCUGGGUCGUAUGGUGGUUUAUUCCCUGGCUGAUUCUGCGGGGGGUUUUUUCUCCAUUGACAAGUCCUCAGGCAUUGUGGCACUGGAACGCAUUCUUGACCGUGAAGUCCAGUCAGCUUAUCAGAUAACAGUCUGUGCAUCUGAUCAGGGAUCACCAGUGCCCUUCUACUCAUUGGUCAACGUCACAAUAACUGUUCUUGACAUCAAUGACAAUCCUCCAGUGUUCGAACGGCGUGAUCAGCUGGCAACAGUACCUGAGGAUAUGGGAGUUGGCACUGAGGUUCUGAGAGUUUAUGCUGCUAGCAAGGACAUUGGGACCAAUGCUGAGAUAACUUACAGUAUCCGAUCAGGAAACGAGCAUGGGAAGUUUCACAUCCACCCACUGACUGGUGCCAUUUUAGUAGCCCUGCCUCUGGACUAUGAAACCUGCAGAGACUACUUCCUGACAGUGGAAGCUCGUGAUGGCGGCAACCCACCUCUGAGUGCCAUUACCACAGUGAACAUAAACCUAACAGAUGUCAACGACAACAUACCCAUGUUUAGUUGUGACCUCUACUCUGCAGUGGUGUCAGAGGAUGCCACUAUUGGAGAGUCUGUAGUCCAGCUUCAAGCAGAGGAUGUGGACAGUCAGCAGAAUGGAGCCAUCCUUUACUCUAUUGUCAGUGGAGACAGAGACAACCAGUUCUUCAUUGACCCACUUAGUGGGGUCAUCAAAGUCAACAAGCAACUGGACCGUGAGACAGUUCCCAGCUACACAUUGGCCAUCAGAGCUCUGGAUGGUGGAAUCCCACCCAUGUCCUCCACUGUGAUGGCCAACAUAGACAUCUCUGACAUCAAUGAUAACCCACCCACCUUCUCCCCAGCUAACCUCACCACUGUUAUACAGGAAAACAAGCCAAUUGGCACCAGCAUCCUGCAACUGUCAGUCAUCGAUCAGGACUCCUCCCACAAUGGCCCGCCGUUUGAUUUCCGUAUCCUGUCGGGAAAUGAAGGCCGGGAGUUUAUGCUGGAGAAAGAUGGAACACUGGUUGCCAAUCAAGUGUUCAGACGGGACCUGGCAACUGAAUAUGUUAUUCAGAUACAGGUUAUAGACUCGGGGAAGCCCCGUAUGUCCUCCUCCUCCAUGCUGACGGUCAGGGUGAUUGAGGAGAGCCUCCAUCGGCCAGUGGCGCUGCCCCUGGAAGUUCAUAUUGUCACUAUGGAGGAUGAAUUUCCUGGUGGAGUGAUUGGUCAACUGCACGCCACUGAUGCUGACCCUUAUGAUGCAUUGACCUUUGGCCAUGCCCCCCCAGCACAGCGCAGUCUAUUUAAGAUCAGUCCUCGUGAUGGAAAGAUCAUUGCCCUGGGUGGAUUGGAUGCAGGCAGAUAUUCUCUCAAUGCCAGUGUUAGUGAUGGCCGUUUUGCUGUACCUGUACCUGUGAAUGUGCAUGUGGAGCAGGCGACACCAGAGAUGUUGCGUGAAGCAGUGACAGUGCGCUUCGAGAGUGUGGCACCACAAGACUUUGUGGCAGUGCACCUGAAGAGUGUGUUAAAGGUGUUGCAGCAGGCUGCAGCAUCGCAACAACAGGAUGCCCUGCACCUGCUCAGUCUGCAGCCUGUUGGUGGGACACAACAGCUGGAUAUGCUUGUCACUGUAGAAACAGCAGGGGGUGGGUACUACAAGGCAGCCUACCUCACCCAGAAACUCAGUGCAUCACGGCGGCAGCUGGAGGAGGUGCUCAGAGUGUCAGCUAUCCUUGAUAAGAACUGUUCUGGCUUGGAGUGUCGUGGGGCACAGUGUGAACAGAGCAUCAUUCUGGAUUCACAUAACCUGGCUACAUACAGCACACCACGGGUCAGCUUUGUCUCACCUCGCUUCCACCGGACCUCACACUGCACAUGCAAUGAUGCCAGCUGUGCUGUCCUGUCAGAACAGUGUGAGGACCAGCCAUGUCCAGCAGACAUGCAGUGUGUAUCAGUGGAGGCUACCAGAGAGCGCUAUGCUUGCCAGUGUCCACCAGGCAAACUGGGAGAGUGUGCAGGUCAUUCGUCUCUGAGUUUCUCAGGUAACAGCUACAUCAAGUACAGACUGUCUGACCGGAUGCAGAAGGAGAUGAAACUCAGCCUAAGAAUCAGAACACUGCAGAGCCGAGGAAUCAUCAUGUACACACACACUGAGCCCUGCACUAUACUUAAGCUGGAGGAGGGGAAACUGUGGUUCCAGAUGUCCUGUGGUCUUGGUGCAUCUGGAGGCGGAAGUGGUAGCAGUCACGACAUUUUGGGAAUCUCUGGUAGUCGCAUCAAUGAUGGAAGCUGGCACACGGUGGCGCUGGAGCUGAAUCACAACUUUAUCAGCCUGGCGCUGGAUGACAGCUACGUUGAGCAACGCCAUGGAUCAUCAUUUGUACAACCUCUCACUCCAGACAGAACUAUCUACUUUGGAGCACUGGUGCAGCCUCCCAACUCUCGCAGCCUCAUGGGCUCUCAGAAGGACCAUCGGGUGCUUGAGGGUUUCCAAGGAUGCCUGGACUCAAUCAUGCUGAACAACAAUGAGCUGCCGCUGCAGAACAAACGUUCACAAUAUGCAGAGGUGGUGGGACUGACAGAGUUAAAGCUGGGCUGCGUCCUAUAUCCUGAUGCCUGCCUGCAACAGCCUUGCCGCAAUGGAGCCACUUGUACCAGUCUUCCUUCUGGUGGAUUCUCAUGCAAUUGUAACCCCCAGUACACUGGAGGGAACUGUGAGAUGGAGAUAACAGCAUGUGUUCCCAACCCAUGUCAAAACGGCGGUGUGUGCAAACCCAUUGGCAACGCCUUUCUGUGCAGCUGCAGGAGAGGCUUCAGAGGUCUGACUUGUGAGGAAGAUGUGAACGAAUGUGACCGCAGCAAUCCAGAGGGUGAGUGUGAGAAUGGCGGCACCUGCGUCAACACUCACGGUUCCUUCUAUUGUAACUGUACAGCAGGCUUUGUGGGCCAGCGAUGCAGCCUUCGGUCUGUCGUCGUCCCAGACAUGCAAGCUGGCCAUGCUGUGGUUGGCAAGGAAGAGCUGAUUGGCAUUGCUGUGGUGCUGUUUGUUAUAAUUACCCUCAUCAUCCUCUUCAUCGCAUUCCGCAAGAAGGUUUUCCAGAAGAACUACUCACGGAACAACCUAUCUCUGGUCCAGGACCCGGCCACUGCAGCACUCCUCAACAAGGCCAAUGGUGUUCAGUUUAAGACCUUACAUUGCACAUCAGGAGACCCUCUUAACCUUUACUCAGAGCCAGGUAUGGGGACCGCUAUGGUGGGAGGAGGUGGGAUGAUGGGACCGCCACAAGUCCCUGUGAGGCCAAUGGCAUACACACCCUGUUUCCAAGGAGACCCACGGUCCACGGUGGAGAAGAUGACAGAUGGGCGCAGUGUGGAGCUUACAGAGAUGAGUACCUUUCACCCAGAGUCACCAAGAAUCCUGUCAGGAACCACCAGGAGAGGAGUGGUGGUGUGCAGUGUGGCCCCCAACCUGCCACCAGUGUCACCUUGUCGCUCAGACUGUGACUCCAUAUGCAAGAGCCCAUGGGACAGUGAUGAGGGUAAGAUGGUUGACCUGGCAGAAGAAGUAACGUGUUUUUCUGGGAGCAACAAAGGCACUAACUCAGAGGUCCAGUCACUAAGCUCCUUCCAGUCUGAUUCCUGUGAUGACAAUGCCUCCAUAGUGACUGUCAUUCGACUGGUCAAUGAUGCAGUCGACACAAUCGAAAAUGAAGUAUCAGUUAUGGACCAAGGUCAAACCUACAACUCAGCACAGGCUUCUUCCUGGCAUGCCUCCCAUGCAGCAUACCACUGGGACACAUCAGACUGGAUGCCGAGCACAAGGCUAUCGGACAUUGAAGAAGUGCCAGGCUUUGAGGUAGGUCCUGGCAAUGAGGUAGCACGCUCAUCCCCUCACCUUGUAGGAAGCACUCGUGAACUGGAGUCAGAUUACUACCUGGGGGGCUAUGACAUCGACAGCGACUACCCUCCUCCCCACGAAGAGGAGUUUUUGAGCCAAGACCAGCUGCCACCUCCGCUGCCAACAGGUGAGGACUAUCCUGAGCCCUACACACCUCCACCUGCUAAUCCGCCAGCCUCCAAAGAAAGCACACUGAGCUCUGGCAGCACCGGGCAUCAGCAUACAAGACAACACUUCCACCCCAGCCAAUACUUGCCCCCCCACCAGAUACCAUUUGGGGAAGCACCUCAGGGGGACUUCAGCAAUACAAUGUGUGUGGUAUCGCCAGGAAAUGAGGACAGUGAUGACUCGGUGUUGCUAAAUAUGGGACUAUCUGUUGCUGCAUCGUCAGCCUCAGACAUGUCGGCACCCUGUGGGCUGGAUGACUCAGAACAUGGUAGUGAUUUUGACAGUAUGGAUGAGCUUCGCCUUGGAGUGACCAUCAUCACCGACUCUCAGCAACAGACUGAGGUGUGAUUGACUGUCCAGUGCAGAGGUGCUUUGGAGUGUGUAGCGGGCCAGUAGGAGCAUAGCAGUGAUGCAGGGUGAAGUUGCAUGACUGGAUGUUAUCACAGGGUAGGAAAUGCUUUGUCAGCAAUGCAACAUACUGCUGCAAUCAUAUACUAUAACAAUGACUUUACAUCCACAAAUUUUAAAAUCAUAUUUUACACUUACCAUCCUCCCAAGCAACUAUGUCCAGAAAUGGAAAUGUGUGGGGAGAAAGUUUUACAGUACCCUGAAUAACAAACUUAUUGUUUUUUGAGUGCUGCUCCCACUGUGCAGAACAGUCAGAAGUGUCCUUACUGUUCUAAUAGGAAUAUACUUGGAAUGUGAAAAGAAUGGAUAGAGAAGGGGAAUGAGAAAGACUAAUCUAGAAAAGACUGGAAUUUACAGAUACAAUUGGGAGAAUUAGAGAAAAGCAGAUGGGACAAUCAAGUACAUAAAAGGGUUGUUGGUUCCCUGUUCUUUCACAGAAGCGCAUCGAGCACCUCUUACUGAAAAAAGACACAAUCCCUUUUUUUUUCUUAUUGUUGCCUGAUUUGUAUACUUUAUAGUGCCCCAAGCUUGUACAGGCUUUGUAAAAUACUAUGACCCCACUGGUAACAUGUAUGAAACAAUGUUAUGAUCACAUUUCAAAAAGCCAUUCAUGUGUUUUAUUGCGGAAUGUGCUUCCUCAUUCAGUUGUGAAUGUGCUUCGUCAUUUACCCAACCUACACCCCCAGUCCUCCCCUCCAAGCACCCUCCACCUCCCCAGCCACCACCACUGAAACUCCCACACCCCACCCUACCCACCCAGCAAUCGUUUGUUUUUUAAAUUUGUUAUGUGUGAAAGUCAAGAGCUGCUGUGGUUGCUAAUGUACUUAAUAAAGCAAAAAGCAUACCUCAUUGAAAUUUGGUCAUCAUCUCCUGUACAGUGGUCUACCACUGUGAUGAAACAACACUCCCAGCAUUUCUUCUGCUAUUGGAGCACUACCUAGAAGUCCUUUUUAUACUUUAUACCUCUAACUUUAAUGUCUUUUAGUGUGAAUACUCUUCACUGAUUGUAUAUAUUUUUCUAUUUAUGGUGGCACUAGUUGUGCCACCAUAGGCAGCAUGAACUGUGACCAGGUAUCAGUACAGUUUGAUAGUUUUUUGGAUUUGGUAACAAGGGGGCAAAUAAACAAGGGUUAAAAUAAACAGACAGUUUAUUUUAAUGUAUUGGGAAGAUGGGGACUAUGUUCUAAAUAGAUAAAUGGGGUGCAGAGGGGGGGCCAGGCAGAGCCCAUGGAGCUGGGAGCCAAAAAAAAAAGCACAGAAAACAGCAGAGGCUGAAACAUCCAUGGAACUACAGGGAAACAGGGGUUUGUCAAAACCAAACUGCUGACUGAACAGUGAAUGUCCAGGAUAUGGCUGGAAGCUUGACUGACUACAUUAGCAGAGCCUGUGUUCCAGCAGAGUGGUGAUGGCAUGGCUAAGAAUUGAAAGCAAGUUUGACAAUCCUGAUGUACUGCAGCUAAUAAAGCUCUGCUCAUACUGCAGUGGAAUUGUCUCACUCCUGCAAUAAGGCAUGCAGACCACAAGGAAGGAGAGUGACUGAUGGGAGGAUUUGAGGAUGAACCUGAGGGCAUGGCAGUAGAGAAAUCCAGAAAUCAGUCUUUAAAGAAUGUGAAUUCAGGCAAUGCUUCAAAAUAAUGCAGGAAAAAAAGAAAACUUCAGACAAAAAAAAAAAAAUCUAAAGAUUUUUCUGGGUGAACCACAAACACAUUUGAUGUGAACAUUUUGUUGUUUUUGCUACAGCAGUUUUCUUCCUUGGGGGCCCAAGAACAUCCAACAUGGACUCCUGCUCAUUAGUUGUCAGUAUAUUUUGGUACAAAAGUGUUUAUUAAGGGGGUGUGUUCUCCUAAGAUUAUAAAAAAAACAAAGUAAGCAAGUCAAUACCAAAUCUAAUAAAAAGCUCCAGCAGUGGCAUUAGACUAUUAGCAAUAUUUUGCUAAAAUAUACAGCCAUUAUAACCAAUCGGUUAUAAUGGCUGUAUGACACUGAAUACUGAAUGAAGUAGCUGUCUCAGUUGAAGACAUGUUCCAUUUUUCUCAACUUUUCUACGCAUAUUUGAUAUUUCAUAAAUUAUCAGUGACUGGUAGAUUAUUUUAUACCAUCUUGUACAGAAGUUUAAGCAUCACAAAAACAUUGGUUGUUAUCUUGGUUAAGAGAAACUAGUUUACCUACAAUGAACAAGGCAGUGAGGUUCCGAUAAUGUUAUGAUAGAAAUCAUAAAAAUGUAUAUUGGCAACCACAGCCACUUUUAGCAUGAGUCAUUUUAUUUUGUGGAAUUGUUUUUAUGUUCCACUAGUAACCUUGUUAUCUUGCACUUGCUAUUGGUAUAUUAUGAUAUAUUUGAUGAAAUGAAAUAAGGGACAAUGUAAAAGACACAGUGUCACUGCAGAGUUGAAAGCUUUUGGCAAAUAUAAUUGUCAAAUGCCAGUUACAUUAUACUGUGAGCCUAAGUUGAUGCCCAUCAUUUAGCUGGUUUCCCUCCACUUGUAUGAUCUGUUUAAUGUUGUCACAUCAUUUACUAAAAAAAACCCCAAAAAUGAUAUGGAGCAUACAUACUUUUAGAGGCACCGCAUUCCAAUGUUUUCUGUUACUAAUGGCUUAGUGUUCAUCUAGCCCUAGACAAGCAGUUUCUUUUUUCUUUGUGAAAAUGUAUGUUUAUGUUUAAAUAUCUGUACAGUGUACAUAGCUAGGUUGUUAUGAUGCAGAUUUUGUAGAUAUGGAAUUGCAAUUCUACACUGCCUUUUGUUUUUUUGUUGGGCUUGGCCACUGAUUUUUUGCUCAAAGUUAUUUUUUACUGUUUAGCAGUGCUUUUUAAUUCUACAUGAAUGCCAUUUCAACAUUAUAGACAGAUUUUGCACAGUAUUAAAUUCAGACAUUAAAUCCUAGCAGAUGUUUAAUUUGUUUUGUUAACAUAUGUUCAUGGAAAUGGAGUACAUUUUGUAUGUUUUCUUUAUCUCAAAGGUUUUGAUGGAUUUCUAAUGUUGUUUUCAGCUCUGUUUUUUUUUCAAAGACAUGAGACAGUGUUAAACAACUGUCCCCAGUAUGCAGAAUUUUAGGUGUACAAAGUGAGUGUUUUUUCUUUUUUUUUAAACUUUCAUUUUAAAAUUCAGUUCAGAAAAAUAAAGCAUUUGUUGCUCACCA